CUCAAAACUCUCCCCCUUCCUUACUCAACAACUCUCUUGUCUUUCCCCUCCCCCAUUUCUCUGUCUAUCACUAAAACUUUCCAGUCUUUCAAAUUCCUCCACUCUCCAUUGACAAGAAGCAGUAGAAGUAGAAGAAACAGCAAAGCAUGGAGAAUCAACGCGUCCCUCUUCUCAGCUGGGCUUACUUCUGCCACGGAAAGACCAUGGAAGAGCUGAGGCACACCCUGUUUUACACCACACUCGAGCUCGAGAGCACGAGGCUCGCCGCCCAGGAGGAGCUGAGGAAGCGGGACGACCAAUUGAUCCAACUCAAGGAGCUCCUCAACCGGGCCAUGAGAGAGCGCGAAGAAGCCCAAGAGAAGUACCAGAAGCUCCUCCUCGAUAAGCUCCUUCUCCAACAGCAGCAACAACAGAACUUGACUCCGACUGCUGCGACCACUCCGCCUCCCCUUUCGGGGGUGUCGAGCGUCGAGGACGAUGCUCGGAGAGGGAUUGACUCUGCCAACAACGGCUUCUCCUCCUCUGACUGUGAGGAAAGCAUUGUGUCCUCCCCCGCUGCAGGGGCUCUGCCCCGGCUCCCUGAGCUCGACGCCAUCCUGCCCGAGAAACCCGUCCUUCCCGAGAAGGGCAAGCUCCUGCAGGCUGUGAUGAAGGCCGGUCCCCUGCUGCAGACUCUGCUACUUGCAGGGCCCCUACCCCAGUGGCGACACCCCCCUCCUCCGCUCGAGUCCUUCGAGAUCCCGCCCGUCACUAUCCUUUCUCCCCCGCCUCCACCACUCCUCCUCCCGGACUCCAUCGUAGCCAACUGCGGCCGACUGUGCCGGAAAAAGGGAAUAUCCGAGGGAACCGAUUCGCCUACCGAGACUAAGUUCCAGAGGGUCGCCCUCAAUUGACUUCUUAAAUUUUAACUUUACUAGAUACUCCAUAUAUAUGCAUAUAUUUAUUUAUAUAUAUUCUCUAAAUACACAAUUAGGGAGUGAACUGAUCUUAGCAUUCUGUACAUAGGCUUGAUCUUUAGAAAUCUAAGGAAAAAAAAAUCUUUAGGAACGGUGUUAGCGAACUAUAAUGUAGGUGGAGAGAGAUUAAAUAUGACGACGGUAGUGAAACUGUCGCUACUAAUCUCUGGGCUUGUGAAGAUUUUUGUGGCGCCUUUGCCUUCACAUUUUGCUGAUGAUCCAUGUAGUGAUCAACGAAUUGUACUAUAACUCUCACAUUCCUGCGAGACCGUCCCAGACUGAUGAAGAGCGCGGUCGGUCCCGUUCCAUGAGGAAUCUGUUUUAGUCCGGGUUCGGGUCGGGAAGCUCCUCCUGUAGAGUGUGGGGAGAGUGUGUGUUGUUGUUGUAUGUGUUUUUGAGUGUGAGCGAGAGGGAUCACAUCAAAGACAUUAAAGAUGAUGGGUGUGGAGUUGUUAGGGAGUAGGGAGGGAUUUGGGUGAGAAAAGGACCCAACCACCAAGUAAAGGGUCUAAGAGGGGAGCGAGGCCUUUGCUUUGUCGGGGUUUCGAGUGGAUCCCACAAAUCGGAAUCAGGAUCUACUAAGCAAGUGUGAUUUGUAAUGAAUUAUUAUUAUCAUUAUCAUCAUUAUUUAGGUUUAA